AUGGGAAAUGGUAUUUUAAGAAGAUCACCGAAUGCAGUGCAACCGAUGGGAUUGCAAACCAACAUUCGUAAUGCCAUCGAAACAAAGUCUGCAAAAAUCCCAGAUGGACGCUGUAAUUUAUAUGCAGGUGCCCAUACUGAAUCUAAUGGAAACACUUGCCCGGUUCUUGCUAUAUAUACAUGGCACAAAACUUCGCAAAAUGUAACUCAAGAAGAAGGCCAACUGGAUCGAUUAGGUGGUCCACCAGGAGGUUCCCUACAGAGAGGUCAAAGUACUAUAAUGAGAGAUUUUUCAGAAACAAAAGAAUUCAAAGUUGGAGUCGAUCAAAACAUUCAGAUGCUUGCAAUUGAAGAUAUUCUCUCGAUCAAAGUAUCCACUGAAAUUAAGAAAGAAGCCGUACAAAGAAUGAAUGCGGUUCUCAAGGAAAGGCCACCCGAGGAGUUAACUUGUUGUGAAAAAGUGAAAUCUUGUUGUACGAAAAACGUUUGCUGUUGUUGUCACGAAGAGGUAUGUGACAUGCCAGAAUACAAUAAAACAACGAGCGUGAACAAACGUGCGAACCGCGCGAUUACCAUUACUAUCGAAUAUGUUCACUAUGGCAACGUUGACACACCAUCGAAUCUACGUGUUCUUUCAAAAGAAAAACAGGCUGACUUUUAUCACAAACUCUUUCACACAGAGACAAUCAAGUUCUACUAUUUGCAAAGUAUGAAUUACGAUGAAGACGAGUUCAAAAAAUAUUUAUCAGAGAGUGAAACUCUUGCACGCAUUGUGGUACAACUUAAAUCCAUGGUUGGACAUUAUCCUGAUGAGACACAACUGAGAACGAUUGUUGGCCAGAAAAACACCCAUGCAUUUGGUAAGGAGGUAUCGGAAGAAAUUCAAGUGUUACAAGGUACAGGCACGACGUCGACCCAGAUAGUACAACGUUCACGCGAUCAAGACUAG